AUGGCCAGCAAACAAGCAAGCAAGCGCCUUGCGCGCGAGUACAAGACGAUAUCCGAGAACCCACCUCCCUACAUCUCAGCGCAUCCGUCAGAGUCCAACAUCCUCGAAUGGCACUACGUUAUCACGGGUCCCGAGGACACACCUUACUUUGGCGGCCAGUAUUGGGGGACCUUGAUCUUCCCAACCAACUACCCCUUCGCGCCGCCCGCCAUCCGCAUGCACACGCCCUCCGGCCGCUUCCAGCCGUCAACGCGACUCUGUCUCUCCAUCUCCGACUUCCACCCGCGCUCCUUCAACCCUGCGUGGGAGGUUUCCACCAUCCUGAUCGGCUUGCUGUCCUUUAUGACGUCAGAGGAGAUGACUACGGGUUCGGUCUCCGCCACGGCAGCGGAGCGCAGAGUAUUUGCCGAGAGGACACGAUGGUGGAACUCGACGGGCGGUGGAUCGCAGUCCAAAAACCCCGCGCUGAAGGGAAAUGUCAAGGCCGGCGACGGUGGCGCCAAGUUUAGAGCGGAGUGGCCCGAGGUGGAUAAAGAGAACUGGCGCUGGAUGACGGAGAAGGAAAUCGACUUGUCCACGGGCCUCAAGCAGAAGCAGGCAUCCUGUGGACCGGGUCUGGCCACUGCUGGGGGGAGCGGACACCAGACACAAGCCGUCGUUGAGGUGGUCGAUGCUGGCACAGGAUGGCUUGGUCGCAACAAACUACUAGUGGUGGGUGGCGUCAUCUUUGUCUAUGUGCUCAUAGCACGUCUUCUUGGCGAGGGAGAAGGCACUACAUACUCCUGA